CUGUAGUUUUGCUUGCUUAUUUGACUCGCUGUUUUGAUUCAGCAGCAUUGAUUUUCAGAUAAUAUAGGAGAGUGGAAGGUUCAUGCUCAUUUUUCUUUUUUGUAUUUUUUCUUGUUCAUACUUAUACUAUUUUUUCUUGCAAAUCUGUACUAUUGAAAUAGAAAAAUCAUCUUGUGUUGUUCAGACCCAUAUACUUAUCCUACAAUAUGUGAAUGAAUGCUUAUAUUGGCAUCCUGCUGUAGAAAAUGGUUAGCUUAGCAGCAACUAUUGUGUCUUCUAAUUAUGUCGCCUCAAAUUUGUAGGAACGCUACUGUUGCUUUCGAAAUGCUAUUGGAUCUUAUAAAGAUUUUUGGACCUGUUAUUCAUUCAACAUUGUCAGCUAGCUCACUCUUUGGAGUAGAACUUCAAGCCGAACAGAGGUCUAAAAUUAUUUCUUUGAUGCGAGGUGCCAUGCUGUGGAUAACAUGGAGAUUAUCAAGGCGGAGCGGCGGUGAGUAUGGAGCUCAUAAUCAUCAGUUCAUCACCAUGAAGCGGAAGAAAUGGUAUAGCUUUGCCAUGCUGGACUUUGGCAGCCGCCGCUCCUCGGCAAUCAACGGGAGGUACAGCCGCUGCCACCACUCCUUCGCAGUGACGCAGGCCAGCGACAAGGAGGCUCGCAAUGGUGGGGGACGCAUCACCAUCUGCCGGAGAGGAGAAAGGCAUACCUACCCCUUAAUGAUUGAAAUCACUACUGUUGGGCCAAUUGAUGCUAGGUGUACAUUGAGAUGUUUCAGAAAAAUAGAUCCUUGAUGCUGGACAUAGUGCAAUGGUGAGAUCCACUUAUUUAUGAUGGCGAGGAUGAUUGUUGGGCUGGCAUGUGGAGCUGUACUAAUAAGCUAUGAGAAGGUCCUCACAUCACAACACCCGAGCAAGUCUGGCAAGGCUUGCUCGCCAUGGCCUACCACAUCGGCGAGACGGGGCGAGCACGUGAUCACCAUCAGCAGGUCCUUCGUCACAACACCCGAGCGAGCGAGAUGUUCAGACAAAGUUAUAUGAUACACUGCUAUUGACAUAUGUCGUAGAUGGAUGGUACAUAUCGUUUCUCUCCAUGUUACAAUUUCUGUGACCUCGGCAUUUGGAAGACAUGUCAUCCGAAUCGUCUAUCAUAACUGAACCAUUACUAUCACAAGCAUCUUACUUUUAGAAAUUCAUAUGAUGGUUCAGUUAUCUAUAUUAUGUGUGCCAUUUGUUACCUCUGAAAUAUAUAUUAUGUGUGCCCUGUCGUGUUGGUUUAUUUUUGGUGCCAAAAUGCUGCUGAGCAUUUGGUGUAACUGAUUGCACUACCCAUUUAGUGGUGUCUGGGCAUAUGUCAUGUAUUGGACACAACCAUGUUAUCUAUAAAGGCAAUUUUUUCGCUUC